AUAUUCAUAAUAAUAUUGCAUAUGUUGCUGUACAUUUAUAUUACCUUACAGAAGUAGGUUAGCCUGGCACACCCUGAUAUAAGAUGGGAGUCCCCAAGUUUUAUCGAUGGAUAAGUGAAAGAUAUCCUUGCUUGAGCGAGGUGGUGAAGGAAUACCAGGUUCCAGAGUUUGACAACUUAUACCUUGACAUGAACGGUAUCAUCCAUAAUUGUUCCCACCCCAAUGAUGAUGAUCCCCACUUCAGGAUUACUGAGGAACAAAUAUUCAAAGAUAUUUUCAACUAUAUUGAGGUAUUAUUCCGUAUAAUCCGUCCCCAACGAACAUUCUUCAUGGCGGUUGACGGGGUGGCUCCUCGUGCCAAGAUGAAUCAACAACGAGGGAGAAGAUUCAGAUCCGCCAAGGAAGCUGAGAACAACAUCAAACAAGCGUUACAGAAAGGAGAGGUUCUCCCAACUGAAAAGAGAUUUGAUUCCAACUGUAUUACACCAGGUACAUCAUUCAUGGAGAAGCUACAAGCACAACUUGAAUAUUUUGUGCAAAACAAAAUAACCACGGAUCCAAGUUGGCAGGGGAUUAAAGUUUAUUUAUCUGGGCACCAGACACCUGGAGAGGGCGAGCACAAAAUUAUGGAAUUUAUCCGAUACGAAAGAUCCCAACCUGAGUAUGAUCCAAACACAAGGCAUUGUUUAUAUGGUUUGGACGCCGAUCUACUUAUGUUGGGGCUAUGUACGCAUGAACCACAUUUUGCUUUGUUGAGGGAGGAAGUCAAAUUCACUCGUCAAAAAUCGUCGAAAACGCAAAACGCAGCCCAAACCACAUUCCAUUUGCUGCAUAUUUCAUUGUUAAGAGAAUAUAUUGAGCAUGAGUUUGAAGCUGUUAAGCCCAACCUACCAUUUGAAUUCAACAUUGAAUCGAUAAUAGACGACUGGGUGUUGAUGGGUUUCCUUGUCGGCAAUGACUUCAUUCCCCAUCUACCUGACUUACACAUAUCUACAAGUGCCCUACCAUUCCUCUACCAAACUUAUAUACAAGUAUUACCAACAUUAGGUGGUUACUUGAAUGAGGGUGGUGUUAUUAACCUGGGGAGGCUGGAAGUUUAUCUCAAAGCUAUUUCAAGCUUUGACAUGGAUCACUUUGAGGAAGUAUAUUCCGAUUACAAAUGGUUGGAAGCGAAAUCUAAGAGCAAGAAACCAACUGAUUGUUUAUUAGUGGGUGGGGAAGUAACAGAGGAUAAGUCACUCAAGAUUGUUAAAGACCUAGCAAUAAAGCAAGGUACAAUAGAAGCCACGGAAACUGUUGACGAAGAACAUUCAACAUUUGAUCAAGAGUUUAAACUUCACAAGCGAGCUUAUUAUCAAACCAAGUUUAACAUUGAGGGCACAGAAGAUGAGAUAUCCACGAUAGCUUAUGAAUAUAUUCUUGGUAUUCAAUGGAUUUGUCAUUAUUAUUAUAAUGGAGUGCAAUCUUGGGAUUGGUUCUACCCGUACCACUACUCCCCCUACAUGUCUGAUCUAUGCAAUAUAUCCACCCUACACCUCACGUAUAAUAUGAACCAACCAUUCCUACCUUUCCAACAACUAUUGGCUGUAUUGCCUGCUGCUAGUAAGGACUGCAUACCUGAACCUUACUGGAAUCUGAUGGAUGAGUCAUCGAUUAUAGGAGAUUUCUAUCCUAGUAAUUUCAGCACCGAUUUAAACGGGAAACAACAGGAGUGGGAGGCGGUCGUGCAAAUUCCUUUCAUUGAAGAGGAGCGAUUGUUAUCAGCAAUGGAGUCGUGUAAUUCGCGACUAUCAGCGAGUGACAAGCGGCGCAACACACAUGGUCCUUGUCAGCUUUAUAGUUACGACCCCAACACACCCCAUUAUGUGAAGUCAUCAUUACACGGCAUUUUCCCGAACCUGGAAGCUUGUGUGGCAAAACGAGAAGACAUCCCACCAACACAAUGGAUAUACGAUGAUUAUCGUGACUUUACGAAAGGCUUGCUACCUGGGUGUAGACUAUCAACAUAUUACCAAGGUUUUCCAACAUUAUACCAUCUACCACAUAAAGUCUCCAUCGUGAUUGUUACCCAUGGUUACAUCACAUCAUAAUGGGGAUUGUUCGUUAAAUGUGACUUCAUUGUUACAACACAAUGUACAUUGACGUGUAACAAUGUAAUUGGAUCUUCAUAGCACAAACCAGAACUUUAGAGAGCCAAGCUUUGUGGCGUUUGUUUUUUCCAGAAUUGAUGAGCAUAUUUUUUAUUACCAAAUUAUCAGCCACACAUAAAAAAUCCAUGUAUAUGUAUGUAUAGCUGAUAAGAAUAUUUGUUAUUUGUGCCUUCUGGUAUGCCAGCCAUGAGUAAAAGCACAAGAACAUUGGUCCAAGCGAAUAAGAUGUUCUUUAUAGUUAAAUGUGGAAAUCAAAUGACUUUACUGCGAUUUCAUGAUAUUUUAGCGAAACUAAUAGGACACCCGUAUUAUAACGA